AUGCCGUACCAAGACCUGCGCGAGUUCGUUGGCUUUCUCGAAAGCAAAGGUGAUUUGCGCCGUAUUUCUGCUCCGGUUGACCCUGAGCUGGAGAUUACCGAGAUUGCGCACCGGAUGUUGCGGGCCGAUGGUCCGGCCCUGCUCUUCGAGAACGUAGUCGGGUACGACAUACCCGUUCUGAUCAACCUGUUCUGCUCCAACCGUCGGAUGAACUGGGCUCUCGAGGUGGAAAGCGCCGAUGAGCUAGCCGCCCGUCUGGAAUCCAUGAUUGACCUGGUGCAAGGUGGCCCUCCAUCCGGGAUCGUCAACAAGUUGCGAACGCUGGGGAGUUUGGUACACGUUGGCUCAUAUCAACCCCGUACCGUUAACAACGCUCCGUGUCAGGAAGUGGUGCUCACCGGCGACCAGGUUAACCUGUACGACUUACCCAUAAUCAAGUGCUGGCCAGAGGAUGCGGGGCCCUACAUAACCCUGCCGCUGGUGAUUACCAAAGACCCCGAAACGGGCACCCAGAACUACGGCAUCUACCGGAUGCAGGUGUACGACCGCUGCACUACGGGUAUGCACUGGCAGACCCACAAGGUUGGGGCCAGGCACUACCGCUCCAGCGCCGAACGUGCGGAUGACAGAUUGGAGGUGGCCGUGGCGUUGGGCGGAGACCCGGCGUCCAUCUGGACCGGAUCGGCUCCGUUGCCGCCGGACAUCGACGAGAUGGUGCUGGCGGGUUUCGUUCGCGACCGCGGCGUUGAACUGACGCCGGCCAAGACCGUCGACCUGAUGGUUCCGGCCCACGCCGAAAUUGUCCUGGAAGGUUACGUAACACCCGGCGAGGAACGCACCGAGGGUCCGUUUGGCGACCACACCGGUUACUAUUCGCUGGCUGAACCGUAUCCGGUGUUCCACGUUACGACCAUAACCCGACGGCGCAAUCCCAUCUAUCCGACUACCUUCGUGGGCCGUCCGCCGACCGAGGAUUACUGGAUGGGCAAAGUGACCGAACGGGUGUUCCUGCCACUGAUUCGGCUGAUCCUGCCCGAAGUGGUGGACAUCAACAUGCCAGCCGAGGGAAUCUUCCACAACCUGGUCCUGGUGUCGAUGAAGAAAGAAUACCCAGGGCAGGCGCGCAAGGUGAUCUACGGCCUUUGGGGUCUCGGCCUGUUGAGUCUUACCAAAGUAAUUGUGGUGGUUGACGAUUUCGUGGAUGUGCAGAACGCCUCCGAAGUGGCCUGGAGGGUGGCCAAUAACAUCAACCCGGGCACCGACCUGAUCGUGGUGGAAGGGCCAAUCGACGACCUGGACGUGGCAUCUCCAACGCCCAGGUUCGGCAGCAAGCUGGGCAUAGACGCCACGCGCAAGGGCCCUGAGGAGGGCUACCGGCGCGAGUGGCCGCCGGACAUCGAAAUGAGCGAGGACAUUCGCGAGCGAGUGUCCCGGCGUUGGUCGGAGCUCGGCCUGGACGAAAUCGUUGCCCCGCCCGGUCGGUGA